GCUAGGGGCUACUCGCUUUUUGUGCGCUCAUAAAUUAUUCUUUUUUUCAUAUUUUCCCCAAAGUGUUCAUUCCUAUAGAAAGUGAAGUGGUGUAACGCAAUGGAUCCGAAAAUUUAUACAGAGAACCAGGUAAAUAUACCUGGUAUGAUAAUAAAAGUAUUCAGAAAAUGCGAAGAAGAAAUGCUAAAUAACAAACUGAACAACGCAUUGAUGAAUCCAAUAGAAAGGGUUUCAGAUUACUUGGGUGUUUCAAGGGCUACAGUUCAUGCUGCUAUAGUUCCAUUGAAUGAGACGAUAGAAUUUGAAUUCACGAUAUCGAACCGUCUACUAGUUUACAAAUUGUUGGCAGAGAUGUAUACAGCAAAAUCAAAAAAAACGGAAGAUAACGUUUUUAAACCAGAAAAUAUUUAUCAAUCAUUACUUAAAGUAAAACAGUCAGGACGGAAACCAUCAAUAAGCUGCGAUAAUUUUAACAUAACAUUUGAAGGUCUUGGUAAACUGAUACAUCAAAUGAAAUUGGAGUACAGAAAUUUACCAAACAGUGAAUAUAUUCUUAUGUCGAAUCCGGACGAUGCCUACGAACGUUAUUUUUACUUGGAUAACAUUAAUAAAGCUAGGAAAGCCAAUAAGCAUAUUUAUUAUGUCGAUGAAAGAUUAUUGCAAGCUACCCGUAAGAUUAUCCGACCUUGGACAGUUCAGUCGUUGACGAAGGAUACUGAAGAAAUAAAAGGUGGUUUUGUCUUUUACCACGCUGUAUCUCAAUCAGGGUACAUGAAUGGACUAUUCUGCAAUCAUUUCUCUAAAGAAAACUUUGAAAAAUGGCUUACUGAGGUCGUUAUACCGCUUCUCGAGCCUUCUAGUGUCCUCGUCAUUGCAAAGACCGCCAACGAUCGGAUAAUAACCACAGAACCUAUUUCGAAAUACGAUUCGAAGGCGACAAUGAUGCAGUGGCUGAGAGAAAACAACAUCCCGCAUGGCCCUAAGAUGCACAAGGCAGAGUUGUAUAAACUAACUCAAAGGUUUUUCAGGAGAACGACAUAUCAUUCUCUAGAAAAGUUACUGAAACCAUAUGGUCACCAAAUUUUGCUUCUACCACACACAUUAUACGAUUUAUCCGUACCAGAGUUGGCGUGGGAAGCUAUACAGGUAAACAGCAGACAAUUUCGGUUAAACCCUGAGGUCGGGUUGAAUGAAUUUAAAAGAAUGAUGGCACACCUGUUUAGCAGCAUUACCGAAGAAACAUGGACGAGGUACAAGACCAAGGUUGAGUUCAUAGAAAAACAGCUUCUGGACAUUGAAUUGAAAACGGACGUUUCAUUAGAACAUUACCAUGUCAUUGAUAUUAAGGAUUCAACAUAGAACAAGAAUUAUAUAACUUAGUUACCUACUACUUUAUAAUAAAACUUAUUAAAGCAACAUAUUUAAGUGUUUUAUUUCUU